AUGGCCGCUCUUCGGCUUCGACGCACCCCAGCGCUGGGUUCUGCCCUUGCAGUUCCCAGAUGCAACCGUACUGUCCAUGUCCGCGCAUUCAGUGCUCUGAGAACAAGCUGUACACCUCGCCAGGCCAGCAUCUUCAGUUCCCGCUCCACGAGUUUACCGGCAUACGCUACCUUCUCCCACUAUCAGCAAUUCAGCACGUCACCUGUCCAGUAUGCUGAAACGGUUGUCAAAGUCCCUCAGAUGGCCGAGUCUAUUUCCGAAGGAACUCUGAGUUCAUUUACGAAACAAGUGGGAGACUACGUUGAGCAGGAUGAGGAAAUCGCCUCGAUCGAGACGGACAAGAUCGAUGUGUCAGUCAAUGCUCCUGAGGCCGGUACGAUAAAGGAGUUUAUGGUCAGCGAGGGAGACACUGUUACUGUCGGCCAGGAGAUUGCAAAGAUCGAGCCUGGUUCCGGCGGCGGCGGCGCCAAAGAAGCAAAGCAAGAGCCCAAAGAACCUGCUUCCAAGGAUCAGCCCACCAGCUCCGAUCCCGAGCCAAAGAAAGAGGAGAAGAAAGAGGAACCCAAGAAGGAAGAGCCUGCCCCAUCACCGCCAAAGAAGGAGGAAAAGCCUGCGCCACCCAAGGAGGAGAAGCCUGCACCGCCAAAGGAAGAAAAGAAGCCUGCCAGCGAGGAACCGAAAGGUGUCUCGUCACCGUUCGGUCCUGGCAGCAGAAACGAGAAUAGAGUGAAAAUGAACCGCAUGCGUCUGAGAAUUGCCGAGCGCCUCAAGCAAUCGCAGAACACUGCCGCAUCCCUGACGACAUUCAACGAGGUUGACAUGUCCAACAUCAUGGAAUUCCGCAAGAGAUACAAGGAUGAGAUCUUGAAGAAGACUGGCGUCAAGCUUGGCUUCAUGAGCGCAUUCUCAAAAGCCGCAGUCCUAGCCAUGAAGGAGAUCCCGGCUGUCAAUGCCUCGAUCGAGGGACCAGGUGCUGGCGACACCAUCGUGUACCGCGAUUACGUUGAUAUCAGUGUGGCAGUUGCUACGCCCAAAGGUCUCGUCACGCCUGUCGUGCGGAAUGCGGAGAGUCUGGACAUGGUGGGUAUCGAAAGCGCCAUUGCCGAGCUGGGCAAGAAGGCCCGAGAUGGCAAGCUUACUAUCGAAGACAUGGCCGGAGGUACCUUCACCAUCAGUAACGGUGGUGUCUUUGGCUCCAUGAUGGGGACUCCAAUCAUCAACUUGCCCCAAACUGCUGUUCUUGGCCUCCACGCUAUCAAGGAACGAGCCGUGGUUGUGGAUGGGAAGAUUGAGAUCAGACCUAUGAUGUACCUUGCUCUCACCUACGAUCACCGACUGUUGGAUGGUAGGGAGGCCGUCACCUUCUUGGUGAAGAUUAAGGAAUUCAUAGAAGAUCCGAGAAAAAUGCUGCUGGCUUAA